AUGUCCCAAGUUACGACACAGACCGAGGAAAAUAAUCCUCUCGUAAUCAAACUACAGAAUGGUCAAACUCUCCACGUUGAAUCCAACGAGGCCAUAGAUGCAGACGAGAUCCCUAUCAUCGACGUAGCAGGAAUCUACAGCGACAAUUUGGAGGAUCGACAGGCGGUAGCGGACAAGGUUCGAGAAGCCGCUCACCGGAUUGGUUUUUUCUACGUGGUCAAUCAUGGCUUUGAUCCAAAACUGGCCGAUGGAGUAUUUGAGCAAGCCAAGCGCUUCUUUGCCCUUCCGCUGGAGAAGAAAUUGGAGGUUGACACGAAUCUCGUGCCCAAGGAAUACGUGGGAUACCAUGCGCUCGCGAGUUAUAACAGGAAUGGCAGGAAACAUCAUGAUCUCAGCGAAGCUUUCAAUCUAGCAUACUCUGCCGAGCAGGAUCCCGAAAACCCAGAAAACGACCCCGGUUCCUCAAUAUGGCCAAGCGAUCUGCCUGGCUUCAAGGAAGCCAUGUACGCUUACCACACGCCCAUGCUCCAGUUCGCGCGCAAGAUGACCCGGAUCUUCGCCCUGGCACUGCACCUCCCCGAAACAUAUUUUGACGAAUGGACAAAACGGCCCGAGGCUGGCCUGCGCAUCCUGCACUACCCGGAACAGCGGGCGUCGGUGGACGAGCAGAACGGCAUCGGCGCCCACACAGACUUUGAGUGCUUCACCAUCGUCAACCAAGACAUGUCUGGCGGGCUGGAGGUUUUGGGGAAGUCGAAGCGGUGGAUCCGCGCGAAGCCCGUGCCCAAUUCCUUUGUGAUCAACAUCGCCGACUGUUUCAUGAGGCAGACAAACGACUAUUUCGUCUCCACGGUGCAUCGCGUCAUCAACAAGAGCGGGAAGGAGAGAUAUUCCAUCCCUUUCUUUUACGGAUUGGACAGGAAGAUGCCCAUGUUGCCCAUUCCGUCGUGCAUUUCCGAGGAGAAUCCGGCAAAGUACCCGGUCAUGACGGCCGGGGAAUACUAUCUGUGGAGGGCGAAGAAGGCCAAACAGGGCGAUCAGGCUGAUGAAGAAUAG